AUUUGGAUUACAACGGAAAACGUAGUAAGCUUGGUUGCUACUCUUAAUAUUUUACAUUGUCUGCCUAAUUUAUUAAAUGGUUGAAGCCUUCGCUUUUUGAUAAACUCAUAUGUCAUCACUGUCGUUAAAGAAAAAAUGGUUUAUAGUGUUAUAAUGUACCGCUAGCUAUAAUAGCUAAUACUAGCAAGCUAAGUAUGCUAACAUAGCAAAGUAUUUAGCCCUAUCAUGGGCAGACUCCAUUCGAUUACAAUUUGCUCAGAGAUUAUUCGUAGUCUUAUUUUUUAUAUUUCACAGUCGUUUUAGUUGGCUUGUUUUUUCAGUACGGUACACUUAGUCAGCUACACAUUUAGUAAGGUUGUCCACGUUUUCUCAGGGGCUGCCCAGGGGUCGAACUAAGUUGUUGAUUUCGCCUUUUACUGCUGACCAGAUAAUGCACGGUGAAAGAUCCAGACCGGAGUCCCCCAUAUACGGGUGAUGGCAGCACGCCUGCCAUCAUAUGACAGUAACUCCAGUGACACCGAAAAUUGGGAACAAAAAGUAACCAGCCGGCCUCGUAAACUCUGCAAGCAUUCGAGCAGUCAGCCCAGAGCUUCUCGAGUGGAGGCAGAACACAGAGAGAUGAGCCUGCAUGGUGCCAGUGGGGGCUGUGACCGCUCACGUGACCGCCGUCGUUCCAGCGAUCGCUCCAGGGACUCCUCACACGAGAGAGAGGGCCAGCUCACCCCCUGUAUUCGGAACGUCACCUCACCCACCCGCCAGUACAACAGUGAACGGGAGCGAGAUGGUGGCCCAUCAUCCAGGCCCAGUAGUCCGAGGCCUCAGAGAGUUUCCCCCAGUGGUUCCAGCAGUAGCGGUGUGGUGAGCAGUCGUAAUAGUAGCUUGUCCAGUACUGAAGGCACCUUCAAAAGCCUGGGAGUUGGAGAAAUGGUUUUCGUCUACGAGAAUCCAAAAGAAGGCGGUGCCAGUGCCACUGUUGGAAACCGAAACAUCAGGACCUCCGAGAGAGUUACUCUAAUUGUGGACAAUACACGCUUCGUAGUAGAUCCUUCCAUCUUCACUGCACAGCCCAACACCAUGUUGGGAAGAAUGUUUGGCUCUGGAAGAGAACACAAUUUCACCCGGCCCAACGACAAAGGAGAGUUUGAGGUGGCUGAAGGCAUCAGCUCGACGGUUUUCCGAGCAAUUCUGGAUUACUACAAAUCCGGGAUAAUCCGUUGUCCAGAUGGAAUCUCCAUCCCUGAAUUGCGGGAGGCGUGUGACUAUCUAUGCAUCUCCUUCGACUAUAGCACCAUCAAAUGCAGAGACCUCAGUGCCCUGAUGCACGAGCUGUCCAACGACGGAGCGCGACGGCAGUUUGAGUUUUAUCUGGAAGAAAUGGUUCUGCCUCUGAUGGUCGCCAGUGCUCAGAGCGGAGAGAGGGAAUGUCACAUCGUAGUCCUAACUGAUGACGAUGUGGUGGACUGGGAUGAAGAGUAUCCACCACAAAUGGGAGAAGAGUAUUCACAGAUCAUUUACAGCACAAAACUGUAUAGAUUUUUCAAGUACAUCGAGAACAGAGAUGUUGCCAAAUCAGUUUUAAAGGAGCGAGGAUUGAAGAAAAUAAGGCUGGGCAUUGAAGGUUACCCCACGUAUAAGGAGAAAGUCAAGAAGCGACCGGGAGGGCGUCCAGAGGUUAUUUACAAUUAUGUCCAGAGGCCCUUCAUACGCAUGUCCUGGGAAAAGGAGGAGGGCAAAAGCCGUCAUGUGGACUUCCAGUGCGUUAAAUCCAAGUCCAUCACCAACCUGGCCGCCGCAGCUGCAGACAUCCCCCAGGACCAGCUGGUGGUGAUGCACCCGGGCCCACAGGUGGAUGAACUGGACAUCCUACCCAAUCACCCUCCCAGUGGGAACCACUACAGCAACAACUACAGCAACGAGCCUGACCCCGAUGCACCGUCACCUGCUGUCUGAGGACCCGGUCCUCGCUCAAUGCCUCUGCCCCUCCCACUCUUCUAGUCCUUUUCCCAGCAUGCUGCAGCAUGGAGCGCCGGGGGCACCAUAACCAUAUUGCCUUGACACCUCCUUUGCAGCCUUAGAGCCUCAAGAACCUGAAUGAGUGACUGUAGAAAAAGACAAAUGAGGAAAUCAAGACUGGUAACAUGAAGAGUUCACUAUUGUUUUCAUUUUGUUUUUUACUUGACCAAAAGAAUUUAUUUUUGUUUGGAAAAUAUUCUGUAACACAUUUGGUAUUAACAUUAUUCUUUACAAAGUUGUUAGCUUCAUUUGGAGGGUUGGUUGAGCACCAUCGUGGGGUCGCUGUUUUCUCCCAGGUUUCAUUUCACCCACGAUUCUGGUUUUCAUUCUGGUGGGUGGCCUACUAAAUGUGCUUUGAUGAGAGGACGUAAGACUCACAGAGGGAGAAAACCCGACUAUCUGGUCAUGGAGAAAAUCAGUCAUCACCACUUUGUGUCACUAUCUCCAGCUGAACUUCUCAAAGAUAUUUUGGCAUCUUGUGAUGGGUCAUAGAGUCAUUGGCUGGAUCUGAUAUGUGAUGUUAUGCUCCCAUCGUGGCCAAGAUAUUAAGCAGUCCACCGGCUGUUGUGGUUAGAGUCUUGUUGUGCAAAGCUUGAAAUUGUUGUUAAAAACUGAAACAUUAAAUCAUGAAAUAAAGAUAAAACUAAAGUCUCUGUAUAUCCUCCGUCCAUAAAAGCAGCUGAAUUCAACAGAACUCAUUUAGAACAUGAUGCAGCUCAGAAACGUGUGGCUCCUGAAGUCGUUUUGUCCUCCUGACACCUC